GGGUGUAGAGCCGGCCGGCGGGCGGCGAUGGAAGCGUGGCGCUGUGUGAGGAAGGGCUGCAGCCGGUGCGGCUGCGGAGGCCGAGGCCGAGGCCGGUCAGUGCGGAAGGCGGCCGGGCCCUGGGGCGGGCGGAAGGAGCUGGUGGCGCUCUAGGAUGACCCCCCUGAGGGGGAGCGAUGUAGGGGCCAGGGGAGCUCCCUGGAGCGGCUAGUGAGGCGCCCUACCCGGAGACACCUGUCCACAUAUCUUGGUACAGUAAGGAAACUUCUACACUGAAGUGUGUGGUAUAAGAGCUUAUAUAGAAUAGGUGAUGUCCAGCAUACUAAAAUACUGUACUUACCUUCUGGGCUUUCUCAUUAGCACUCCUCAUACAGACGCCCCAUGCUGCCCCGUCACAUGCAGAGGCUGGGCAGAGACUGGGUUGCCCACUGGGAUAGCCCUCAAAGAUUCUGCUGGAACAGUCGUAUCUCCAAUUCUAUAAGGUGGGCUGGUCGCUAUUCUUGGUCUCCGUAUCUCAGCACUGGGGAUUUUACAGUGAAUUGGAGACCGCCUCACUUUUUUGGGCCUUGGAGACCGCCUCACUUUUUUGGGCCUUGGAGACCGCCUCACUUUUUUGGGCCUUGGAGACCGCCUCACUUUUUUGGGCCUUGGAGACCGCCUCAGUACUGGAACUGGCAACCUGAUAACUUCUCACACAACUCUUCUUUUCAUUUCUCUAAUCCUAAUAUGAAAUCCGAGGGAGAUGAACCUUCUUCAAAAAGGAGAAGACACAGUGGUCAGAAUGAUGUUUGCAGUCCUAAUGAAGAAAUUAGCAGCUCUAAUCAGAAUGAAGCAGCCUGUCUUUCCACUCCACCAAAAAAUGAAGAAGAAAAUACUGCAAACACAAGAGGCAUGAUCAAAAGACAUUGGGAGUAUUUCUGUCACCAUAGUAAAAAAAUGAAGAUUCUUGAAGAUAAGCAAAUUGACCAAAACAAUACAGAAGACAAGGGAAAGUUUGAUUUUACUGUGAUGUCCUACAAUAUUCUUUCACAGAAUUUGUUAGAAGAUAACUCCCACCUGUAUAAUCACUGCAGACGGCCAGUGUUAAUCUGGGGUUAUAGAUUUCCCAACAUUCUACGGGAAAUCAAACACCUGGAUGCAGAUGUACUGUGUUUGCAAGAAGUACAAGAGGACCAUUUUGGAAUGGAGAUCAAGCCGAGUUUGGAAUCUUUGGGUUAUCAUUGUGAAUAUAAAAUGAGGACAGGAAGGAAACCUGAUGGCUGUGCUAUUUGCUUCAAAAUUUCCAAAUUUAAUCUCAUCUCUUCAAACCCAGUGGAAUUUUUCCGCCAUAAUAUUCCACUCUUGGACAGAGAUAAUGUUGGACUAGUGUUGCUUCUGCAGCCCAGAUUUCACUGUAAAGCUACUUCUGCAGUCUGUAUAGCCAACACACAUCUGCUGUAUAAUCCAAGGCGAGGGGACAUUAAACUGACCCAACUGGCAAUGUUACUGGCAGAGAUUGCCAACGUUGCCCAUCGGAAAGAUGGUAGAUUCUGUCCUAUUAUCAUUUGUGGUGACUUCAACUCUGUUCCUGGUUCUCCACUGUACAGUUUUAUAAAGGAAGGAAAGCUGAAUUAUGAAGGACUACCUAUAGGAAAGGUGUCUGGGCAAGAGCAGUUUCCUAGGGGACAAAGAAUCUUAACUAUUCCAAUUUGGCCCCCAAGUCUAGGCAUUUCACAGAGUUGUGUGUAUGAGGUACAACAGCAGCGACAAGAAGAAAACACAGGUGGAGAGAAAAAAGAAUCAAAACUGGAGCACGCAGAAGAGAUCAUAAUAGCAGCUGAAAAGUUUCCUUCAAAAUUACAACACCACUUUAGAUUAUCUUCGGUCUACUCUCAUUACUUACCUGAAAGUGGGAUUCCAGAAGUAACAACUUGUCAUUCCAGAAGUGCUGUCACUGUGGAUUACAUUUUCUAUUCUGCAGCAAAGGAUGAUAGUGCUGCUCAGCCAGGAGGCGAAGAUACUUUCGAUGGAGGUCUGAAGCUUCUUGGUAGAUUAUCACUUUUAACAGAGCAAGAUCUGUGGACAGUUAAUGGUCUUCCCAAUGAACAUAACUCUUCUGAUCACCUGUCCUUACUAGCUCAGUUCAGGCUUAUUGAACAAUAAUUCCCAAAUUAUUUUUAUAUCUGCACUUUCCUUCACCUUCUCUUCUUCCUGUAAUUUUUUUUUAAUCCAGGGAUUGUCAGACUGGUUACAGUUAAGUUUGCCUGGAUGCUCAAUUUUUAGUGUUGUAUAGAGUUUUUAAAGAGAUUUCUUUGUAAAGUUGCUUAAAUUACUUUGUGGAGUCAUUAAGACAAAAAAAAAAGUUUACAUUAGCUUCCUCUUUUUGAUAAUGGAAAAUGUCUGUGCCAUAAUCUGAAAAUGGCAUUAUUUUUAAAAAAGAUAAUGUUUUUAUUGUAAAUCAUAGUAAAAUGGGUGAUAGUUCUUAA